AUGAAGUCAAGCGGGGGUGCUGCAUCCGAUCUGGAGGAGCUGGAGAGUGGCAGCAGCGAGAGCAGCUCAGGCCGCUCCCUGCCCGGCACUGGGGCCCAAAGCAAACGCAAACGCAAGAGUCCUCGGCUGAGUGGUCACAACAAGCAGAGGCAGGCAGCCAACGCUCGGGAAAGGGACCGAACCCACAGCGUCAACACCGCUUUCAGCGCCCUCCGCACACUCAUCCCAACCGAGCCUGCAGACCGUAAGCUGUCCAAGAUCGAAACCCUGCGCCUGGCCUCGAGCUACAUCUCGCACCUGGCAAAUAUGCUGCUCCUACAGCAGCAGCAGCAGCAGCAGCAAUCCGGUGGGAACUUGACUGAGGAGGCCUUGCUUGUGAGGCAGCCCUGCCUGCAGUAUCAGCCUCUCCUGCAGGGAAGCCCUGCCUCAGGGAACCCAAGAUCCAUUUGCACCUUCUGCCUGAGCAACCAGAGGAGACUGCACAGAGAACGGGACAAACACCUGUCACUUUAA